AGUGCGUUGUCAACAGCAGCUCAGGAAGCCGCUGAAAUCAACUGUCCUCAGUCAGGCACGAUGUCCAACAACGGCGAGAUCCGAUACUGUCAUACAUUCUCUUACGUUUUCCUUAAAUUCAUUUUGUUCUCCUAUGCCGUCGUCUGGUGGUUAAUAGGUGGAUUUAUCCUGGCCAUUGGCAUUUAUGCUGAGGUGGAGAGACAACGCUACAAGACACUAGAGGGGAUGUUUUUGGCCCCAGCUUUAAUCCUGAUCCUCCUGGGAAUCGUCAUGUUUAUUGUGUCAUUCAUUGGAGUCUUGGCUUCGCUGAGAGAUAAUCUAACUCUGCUGAAAGUGUUCAUGUACACCCUGACAGUGUGUCUGAUCCUGGAGCUGCUGGGAGGAGUCUUGGCCCUCGUGUUCCGCAACCAGACGGUGGAAUUACUGAACAAGAACAUCCGCAGGGGCAUAGUGAACUACUAUGAUGACCUGGACUUCAAAAACAUCAUGGACUUUGUUCAGAAGAAGUUUAAGUGUUGUGGAGGUCAAGAGUAUAAAGACUGGGCGGUCAACAUGUACCACAACUGUUCGGCACCUGGUCCACUGGCCUGCGGCGUUCCAUAUACCUGCUGCAUUACUACUAAGCAUAAUGAAGUGGCCAAUACGAUGUGUGGCUACAAGGUGCUGGAUAAAGAGCGUUUGGACUUGACUGAAAUCAUUCAUAUCCGAGGCUGCACUGAUGCUUUCUUCAUCUGGCUGAUGGACAACUAUAAGAUUAUGGCUGGACUUCUGUUAGGGAUCCUACUACCUCAGUUCUUUGGUGUGAUAGUCAGCUGGUUGUAUAUCACUCGUGUUGAAGACGCCAUCAGUGAGUACGGUAACUACAUGGAUGGGCUGCUGGGCUCAAACACACAGGAAAGAGAAAUCAAGAGCCACAGCCGAGUCACUAAAUGGUUUAAGUGUAUGCCAGAUAUCGACUGAUGGAGACACAAACAACAGAAAGCAGCAAAUGGGCUCCUGCCGACAUUUUUUUUAAAUUAUUAUUUUAUUGGGAAGAAGGAAGUGUUUGGCAACCAGAUUAUUUGUAAUUUAAUAUUAAAGCGUUCUUUUUUCAGUUUUACUAUAAACUUACACUAUGUAUCCAAGUAAAUAAAUAAUUAGUUUCAGGGUUAACAUACAGUGUACUAAUCUGUAAGUGGGAAAUGAGAGCUUUGGAUGUGUGCUUUUAGCUGUAUUGUGCCUCAGACAAUCUCAGGGAUAAACACAACAAUCAGUCAUUUUUGCUUCUGGUGUUAUGACAUGAAAUCAGUCUCCUCUUUACAACUACUGGUCAUAUUAGACAGCCAUUGUCUGUUGCCAAAAAACCUGCAGUGCUCAUUACUAUAGGACACCAUUUCAUCUGAAAGCAGGAGGUGUUUGCCUUAAUUGUAUAUAGAACUGAACAUACUCUGAGGUUUCAGACUAGAAAAUAAUUAUUUUAAAAUACAGGCCUCUGGAGUAAGAAUUUAUACCCUGAAUAUUCCCUUAGGGCCACAGGUGCUCACUGAACCUUCAUGAUGUGUCCAGCACAAGAAGUAUUUGCUAUAUUUGCCAUAUGCUCGUAAUGGACAUUUUCUUAAUCUCGUCAACUCUUUAACUAACUUUGUCUCUCCGUUUGAACUAAAGUGCCCUGGUGAAUUAUGAGAAAAUGCUAAGCUACAGUAAGCAACCUACAGUAUGACAUAUUUAACUUAUUAACAUUUAACUAAAAAUAAUAAAUUUUCCACUUAAUGUGACUAAAUGUGGAUUUGUUGCCUAAACCUGACCACUCACAGGGCUUAGGAUUAAAAACCCCAGUAUACCGUGUCAAGUCCUGCACUUUGUACACCCUCUAUCUACCCAAACCCUCCCUACAACUUGUUACUUGACUUGCUACGCUUGAAAAAAUGUUGCACUGAACAAAUUCCAGCUCAGUGCAACAGGUAGCUAUUACAUUGGUCUCAAAAUAGAAUUGAGACCAAUGUGCCAAUAAUUUGAUGUGUAAUUUCUAAGACAAAGGUUUGCACACAGGCACACAGGCAUUAAAAUAGGUUUGCCAAACUGUAGCGUAGAUAAAAUUGCCUUAGAACAUCCUGCAAAGUAUUAUCCUUUAUGGUUUCAAGUUUUACAGAUGCACGCUUGUCAUGAUAUAAGUGAAUAAUGUGAUGUUCAUGUGUUACUGCACUUUGGUUUAAUGUGAAGUUGAAAGCUGAGACCAAAGACUUAAUCUUUCUUGAAGCUGAUUUAUAUUUCACAUCUCCCUGCCUUUGUACAUAAUGACGCGUUUAAUGCUGUACUUACAUCACUGCUAAAACACAAGCUUUUCAAGUUGUUUCUUUACAAGGCCAAACAGGACUUAUCAAGGUUUACAAAGUAGCCCGUUAUUCUUAUUGGCAUAUUUGCCAUUUCAGGGCCAAAUAUCUAAUACUCCUUGUUGAAGGAGUAUUGUUGAAUCAGUCAGUGCAGCUCAUGCUAAGCUGGCUGCAGUUUACAUGUACAAAAAGACUACACUUGAUUUUCUGACAUAUAACACUGAUAUUUCCUGUUUGGCCUUGUUGAGAAAAGGGCAGCGUUCACACCGAGUCAGGCUUUCAGGCUUUGUGACGUCUGCAUCUCUAUUGUUGUUGAUAAACAGGAAACAAGUCAGAUUCAAGAUAAAGUAACAAACGUCAGCUGCUCACUGGUUAAACUGCAGUGAGAAGAAAAGGUCUGAGUUUUAUGUUUUGUAAUGUAAUUAUUUUGGAUGUAAAGAGUUUUUUUUUUAAAGCACACACACACACACACACACACGCGCGCACACACACACACACACACACACAGUCACGCAGUUGUUUCCACCCUGGUCACUUCAUCUGUCUGCCUCAUUAACCCAAACACACGUGUGCCACAUGUAAGAUGCUCUAAAUGAAACCAUCAUGACUACAGUCUGAUACCACAGUACCUACACAUCACAGUUAAAGUGCCACUGUUGUCUCUUUAUAGGAAUAAUAUGAUGCAUACAUGUAUAUCCAAAGUUCAAGGUGAAGUUCAGGUUCACUGGGAUUUACAUCAUAUGUCUUUAGAAAUUAAUAUCAUUGUCAGUUCUUUGACUUGUACAAACCACAUUUAUUAAAGUAAGAAGUUUGAGUGUGCAAAAUAAAAGUGUUUUAAUACGGUUUUAUGAGUUUUGUUGAUUAUCUUUGAGCUGACUGUAGCGCUGAAUAGAUCUUCUUGUAAAGGGGUAUUUGAAGGUUGGGGGGCUGUUAAA